GUCCCCCCUGCCCCUGGGUCGCUCUUUUUAAGCUCCCCUGAGCCGGGGCUGCGCUCCUCUAAUUGGGACUCCGAGCUGGGGCUAUUUCUGGCGCUGGCGCUGCUCCAAGAAGGCAUCCGCAUUUGCUACCAGCGGCGGCGGCGGCGCAGCCAGGCCGGUCCUCAGCGCCCAGCACCGUCGCUCCCGGCAGCCCGGAGCGCACACCGCAGGCCGGCGGCCGAGCUCGCGCAUCCCAGCCAUCGCUCUUCCACCUGCUCCCUAGAGAAGGGAAGAUGAGCGAGUCGAGCUCGAAGUCCAGCCAGCCCUUGGCCUCCAAGCAGGAAAAGGACGGCACUGAGAAGCGAGGCCGGGGCAGGCCACGCAAGCAGCCUCCGGUGAGUCCCGGUACAGCGCUGGUAGGGAGUCAGAAGGAACCCAGUGAAGUGCCAACACCUAAGAGACCUCGGGGCCGACCAAAGGGGAGCAAAAACAAGGGCGCUGCCAAGACCCGGAAAACCACCACAACUCCAGGAAGGAAACCCAGGGGCAGACCCAAAAAACUGGAGAAGGAGGAAGAGGAGGGCAUCUCGCAGGAGUCCUCGGAGGAGGAGCAGUGACCGCGCCGUGCCACCCACUCCCUCGCCGAGGAGCAGCUGCUUCUGGGACUGGACAGCUCCACUCUGCUCCCACAGCCCCUGUCCCUC